UGAAAGAGAAAGCUUUAAAAAUGAGCCAUGUUCCUCUAACAAAGGCACAUAAAGAAGCUAUUAAGAAGCUUUUAGAUGUUCUUUAUAAUGCAGUUGAUAGUAGUGGACGAUCAAUAUCUAAGAUAUUUGAGGAAUUGCCAGAUAAAAAGGAAGUUCCGGACUAUUAUGAAGUAAUUAAGAAACCCAUGGCAUUGAAUGUUAUCAAAGAAAAUGUGAAUAAAAAUUUAUAUAAUGUAUUUCAUGAGUUUAUAACGGAUGUUGCGCAAAUAUACUAUAAUGCUAAGUUAUAUAAUCGUCGUUCUUCAGUGAUUUACUCGGAUGCUUGUUUAAAUGAAAUGAUUAUUGCCAAAGAACUUUCAGUUUUAAAGGAUAAGAAUCUUGUGGAUGAUAGUAUACUUCCGGUUCUUGGUCCGUUACCUCCAAGUUCUCAAGGAGAAGAGAAAUCGGAUGAUGAUGGGUUUGAUCCUGAUAUUGAAGAUAAAAAUGAAGAAGACGAUGAUGAUGAUGAUGAAGCUCGUCAUAAAAGGAGAAGAAAGGAAGUUAAAAUCAAACCUUAUGAGCCGACUAAAGCAAUGAGGUUUGAUAUAGGUGAUAUAAAAAGAAAAAGAGGGCGACCACCAAAAGUAGAUACACCAGAUGAAGCAAGAAUGAAAAUUAUCUUACGUGUAAUUCGAAAAGAAAAAGAUGAAAGGGGGCGUACUUUAUUUACAUGGUUUGAGAAAUUUCCUGAUGAUAAAUUUAGUCAAAUAAAUAAGAUUAAGCAAACUAUAUCGUUGGAAGAUAUUAGGCAAAAAUUAAAAAGAAGAGAAUAUAAGACUCUUAAGAAUUUUUUGGAUGACUUAGAUUUAUUAUAUAAUAAUGUGAAACUUAUAAGUCCCCCUGGAAGUAAUAUGUACCGUGAUGCGGAUUUUUUGCAACAAGUUACUCAUGAAGUAGCUUCAAUUGAAGCCUCUAGAAGAGAUAUUGAUUUCACAGGAUAUAAAAAAGAUCCGACUUCUAGUAUAGGCACGUUAAUUAAAGUUAAUCGUACACCUUUGCCUAAAAUUGAAGUUAAGGGUGAGAUUUUAGAAGUUGGUGACUGGAUUCAUUUAGUAAAUCAUAAUGAUGUUAAUAAACCAAUUAUUGCUCAAAUAUUUAAUUUAUGGGAAAAUUUGGAAGGAGAAAAAUGGAUAAGCGUUUGUUGGUAUUAUAGGCCAGAACAAACGGUUCAUAGAGCAGAUCGAAUAUUUUAUGAAAAUGAAGUUUUUAAAACUGGUCAAUAUCGUGACCAUCAAAUUAAUGAUAUUAUUGAUAAAUGUUUUGUUAUGUUUAUUACUAAAUAUAUAAGAGGGAGGCCUAAAGAUGCAGGAAACAAGUCAAUUUAUGUUUGUGAAUUUCGAUAUGAUGAAGAAACAAAAGUUUUUCAUAAAAUUAAGAGCUGGAGAGCAUGUAUUCCUGAUGAAAUUAGAAAUAAAGAAUAUGAUAUGUAUUGUUUUGAAAGACAGCAGCAACCAAAAAGGACACUUAGUCCUAUUUUACAUCUUUUGCCAUCAAAAGUAAUAGAGGAUCCUAAUGCACCUAUACCUGAACCAACUCAAGGUAAAGAAAAUGCUCCUCCUAUUAUUGGUGCAAUAAUUCCUGCUCCAAUACCGGAUGAAUCUACACUUAAUCCUCCUGAAAUCUUCAUGCCUUCAGUAGUAUCUGCAUCUAUAAUUCCACAAAAACCUAUUAUUCCAUCUCUAGUAACGCAGACACAUGCAUCUGUAGCGAUUAGUCCAAAUAGUCAGUCUCAAACUAGUCGUAAAGUACAUAUUCCAUAUUAUCCUCCUGUCGCUUUUACAUUACCUGUAUCAAAUUUAAUUUCUAAAAAUGAUAUAGAAAAUCCUGUAGAUAAAAAUAAUGAGGGUAUUAAUGGAGAUAUGGACAUAAAUAUAAGAGAAGAAAUUGAUGAAGAUGAAAUUGAAAGAAAUGAAAAUGAUAAUUUGGAAAUCGAAAAUGGGGAUAAAAUUGAAAAUGUUAAAGGUAUGAGAAAAAGUAACAAUUUUUCAGAUGAAGUAGCUGCACUUUUUUCUCAAGACGAACAAGGUCGAGUAUUAUGGUUUCCUGUUCCUCCAAUAGAUGUUGUUGCGCCGGCAGUAGAUACAUUUGUUAAAGGUAGAAGUCUUGCAUAUUUAGCAAAUGUUGACAAUAUGAUGGAAAAAUAUAAGAAAGAUUCAGAGGAAGAAAAAGAACAAAAGACUAAUAUUAUCAAAACGUCAGAUGAUUCUGAAUUUUCAGGAUUUCUUAUUGCUGCAUUAGAUAAGAUGACACAAAAUAUAAAAUCUAGCAUUUAUUGA